AUGUCAUCUAACAGCGCGAUCCGGCUCCGGCGCAAGAAGAACGUCAAAAAGGGAAUCCAGUUCUGCCUUAUGGUCUGCGGCGCCAGUGGAACCGGGCGCACAACCUUCGUCAACACCCUCUGCGGCCGUCGCGUCCUCGCCGGUCUCGACUCCGAUGACCCGAGCACUGCUCACCUCGAGCAAGGCGUCCAGAUCAAGCCCGUGACCGUCGAGCUAGAGCUUGAUGAGGAAGGCACGCGUGUCAGUCUGACCAUUGUGGACACGCCUGGUUUUGGCGAUAGCGUGGAUAAUGAGAGUGCUUUUGGAGAGAUCUCGACAUAUCUGGAGAGGCAGUAUGAUGAUAUUUUGGCCGAGGAGAGCCGGAUCAAGAGAAACCCGAGGUUCAGGGAUAACAGGGUGCAUGUGCUGUUGUACUUUGUUCAGCCCACUGGCCACGGUCUCCGCGAACUAGACAUCGAGCUCAUGCGCCGCCUUUCGCCUCGCGUCAACGUUAUCCCCGUGAUCGGCAAGGCGGACAGUUUGACCCCACUCGAGCUGGCUGAGAGCAAGAAGUUGAUCAUGGAGGAUAUCGAGCACUACCGUAUCCCCGUCUACAACUUCCCGUACGACAUCGAGGAGGAUGAUGAAGAUACUGUCGAGGAGAAUGCUGAGCUGAGAGGUCUUAUGCCGUUUGCGAUUGUAGGAAGUGAGGAUGUUGUUGAGGUUGAGGGACGACGCACCCGUGCCCGCCAGUACCCGUGGGGCAUAGUCGAAGUCGAGAACCCGCGCCACAGCGACUUCCUCGCCAUCCGUAGUGCGCUCCUGCACUCGCACUUGGCCGACCUGAAGGAAAUCACCCACGACUUCCUGUACGAGAAUUACCGUACCGAGAAACUCUCCAAAUCCGUCUCCGGCGGCGACAGCACCACUACCGCGGGCCUUGGUGCUGACGAAGGGAGCCUGGAUCCCCAGUCUUUGGCUAGUCAGAGUGUGCGUCUCAAGGAAGAGCAGUUGAAGCGUGAAGAGGAGAAGCUGAGGGAGAUUGAGAUUAAGGUCCAGCGUGAAAUUGAGAGCAAGAGGCAGGAGUUGCUGGCAAGGGAGAGUCAGUUGAAAGAGCUGGAGUCCAGGAUGGUUCGGGAGCAUACGCCUGGUGCUGGCAGUGGGAUGGGUGGUGGGAUGGGUGGUGGGAUGGGCGGUGGUAGUAGCCAGAUGCGUGAUGAGGAGGAGGACUCGGUUGUUGGUGCGUAA